AUGGAUUUAUCAGCAUCAUCGAAAUCGGUGGAUGAUCCUCAACAAGUACGAGAAGGAUUCCGGAAAGGUCUACGUGUGUUUGAUGCCUUGUACCAUUUCCCCAAGCCUGUGAUUGCUCGUGUGAACGGCCCUGCCCUUGGCGGUGGUGUUGGCCUCAUCUUUACCACCGACUUCCGUGUUAUUGCCGAAGAAGAAACCUAUGUCGCUCUUACAGAAGUCAAGCGUGGCAUCAUCCCUGCUAUCAUUUCUCAAUACCUUGUACCUGAAUUGGGUCGUCAACGUGCUCGAGAAUGGAUGCUUACAGGUCGUCGUGUUCCCGCACGUGAAGCAGCUGCUUAUUGA